AUGUGCUGGUACAUCCAGGAAGGUUCUGCAGAAGCUUCUGGAAGAAAAUCAUCAGCACUUCUUCUGUACGAUGCUCAACGCCACUCUAAUUCCAGCCACCAACCUCUAUGUGAACUCCACCACCCUGGAGGCCCCCUUGGUCCUCCACUGUGGUACCAGUUCCCAGUGUGUGCUGUGGCUCCUUACGGCUUCAUUUUCUACUUUGGGGUCAAAGUGUUCAACCUGGCCGUGGGGGCGCCCUGUAACGUCCUGGUCAUCUGGCAGAUCGCAACCAAGAAAAGUGACUCAUCCACAUCCGACAUCUUCAUCUUCAACCUGGCCAUCCUAGACGCCUACUUCUGCCUGAUGACGCCCAUAGAAAUGGUGAACCGACUGCUGCUGGACAACAGCCGCAUCUGGUACUUUCAGAGAUUUGCAUAUGGGAUCAAGGACGUUGCACCACUUUUUCUGGUGUGUAUCUCUCUGGACCGCUACAUCGCCGUGGUCCAUCCAGUGCUAUUCGCUGGUAUCCGUGACAACAAGUUCCGCAUUGGCGUUUCUGUGGUGGUCUGGGGCCUCAUCCUGGCUUACGGCCUAACAAAAUGCACCCUGGGAGCCAUGAGUGUCAACGAGGUCUUCAGCGGAGUCAUCCUGUUUGCAUUCGCGGUCAUGGUCUUCUGCAACAUCUCCGUCAUCUGGGUUCUCCGCCGCUCUGUGGUGGGAAAAGAGGAGAUGCACCCUGUGAAGAAGAAAGCCUUCAAGAUGGUGCUGAUCAUCUUGGCCAUCAUCGUGGCCAACUACCUGCCUCCUGUGGCGCUCAUGCCUUUCGCGUCCUACUACUCGUUCUUGGUCUUCCGCUGUCAGAUCAGCAUCAGCGUGUUCUCCAUCAUGGAUCUGAGCUGCAGCGUCGAGCCGCUCCUCUACAUCACAAAGAUGGAGCGUGUGGACGGCAGGUGCUGCAGCUUGAGUUUGAUGUCAAGGUGUAAUCAGUCUUCCUGUCAUUAACCGACCCGAACUUGGAAGAUUCUUUCAAAAAUGUUAGUGGACAAAGACCCUGCAUGUACCAGUUUUUGUUUUGUUUUUUAAUAUUCCCGUUGUUACCCAAUGUAUAACUCCAUAAGUCUGCUGAACUGUGGCCAGGACAUGUUUGGCCAAAAAUUUUGUUAAAAACUCACCUAUUUUUUCUAUUAAAAAAAUACAUAUGAUGGGACAAAAAGAUAAAAAUUCUCUGAAGCAUUCACCCUCUAAGCCAGCAGCUACAUCAAGUAAAUACUGUGAGACAGAUAAAGCAUCAGCUAAAGCUAAAACAAAAUGAAGACUUUUCUAUUAUCAGUGAUAGAAAAUUCUUAUUUUAGUCCACAUACAACAUAACUAAAUGCUUAGCAGAGUAGCAAUAAUUACCAUUAUACACUAUAAGGGAAUUCAUGCAGGUUCAGUUUGGUUAUUCAAGGUCUUUUUAAGCCAGAUAUCUAAAUCAAUGUCCUUCAAUUACUAAUUACCAUGAAUACACAUUUUGUUGGUGGAUAUUGCCGUUUUCAGCAGACAAAAUUAUUACUCAAUAACUGAUUUUAACAUUUAUCCCAAACAUGUAAUUAUGAUAACAGUCUUUCUUUUACAUAGUUUGUUGUCUAGUGUCAAACUUUAAACUCUUAGGGGAAAUAUGGGCUGCCCUUUUCAGAAGAAAACCAAGUUUGUGUGUGUUUUUUAAUAUGCUAAGAGACACAUCAAUAAGACACGCCAUGGUUGACAAUUUCCAUCUUAAAACUGCAGUGUACAGAUGAUGAGCAACUGAGGGGUGAGUGGAGAAAGACAAACUCCACAGAUCUGCACAUGACAAAGGAAGCAACGCUGCAGUAACAUCUAAGAAGCCAUUUUAAGGGAGAAAAUUAAUAUUUUUGCAGAAAAAACUUCUGAAUAUGUCACUGUGAAAUACAGUUUCAGAAGUAUAAUCAUUGACUGGAGAGAGACUUUCAAUACAAUAUAUAACUUUAAAUGUUCACCUCCAGAAGUAUGUUAAGGAGAGAGAAAUGCAGUUAUGUGACAUUUAACACAGGGGAGCUUUUUUUCUUAUUUGUGCUGAACAUUUACACUGCAACCAGCAGGUUUACAAAACAUUCAAAGAGGCCUUGAGGGACAUAGAACAUAUCAGUGAGUAUAACAGAAGUAGGUGAGGUUGUUGGUUAAAGUGGGCAUCAUUUAUUCCCAGGUGUAUGAUUACUGAAAGAGCAUUUCCUUCUCUGCUCCUCCUAUGGCAACCAGUAACAGAAACCCUCUCGUUAACAAAGACGUCUAUUAAUCCAUUUUAAUGACAGCCAGGGGCAGUGUCUGGUUUACUGAGCACUGAUGAAGCAUUUAGUCAGUUUUUAAAUCAGCCCUAUUAUCAGACAUGCACAAUGGGACCAAUUAGUGGCAGUGUAAUGAGUAGACAUGUAGAUUAGGUUAGUUAAUAAACUAAAUACUGAACACACUGCAAUUAUUAAAGGACUGACAAUAUGCUGUGGAAAGACUAUAUAACAUGAUUAAAGACACACCUCCCCUUUUAAGAAUUGUGUUUGAUAUAGUCUCUGAAAUGGAUCAUAGAAUUCAGAAAAAGUCUUUAUUUUGAUCAAAACGUACUAAAUUAUAAAUGUGUACAGGUGUUUGUCAUCUUACAGUAUAUUUGUGGAAGGAUUUCCAUGCAGAGCUGUCUUUGCAUUUCGUCAUUUGAUUAGAAAAUGUGGAUUUUAUACAGAUACUUCAAUAAACUU